AUGUACAACCGCUUCUGCCGGGACUGGAAGUAUGGGGAGACCAACAGGGCGGCUGCCACCGCCCUGGUGGGCGGCGGCGGGAUCACCAGCGUGGCUGCGGCAGGCGAGCGCGACCCGCUGCUGGCGUGCAUGCAUGAGGGUGCCUGGAUUGGCAAGCCCACGGCGAGGACCCCCAACAAAGUCCGCUUCUUCCAACUGUCCUACGACGGCAGCACGCUGCGUUGGGGCUGGAACAAGUUUGUGCGGCUGUACUACAUUGAUGACCUGGCGUGCGAUGAUGUGGCGCUGACCAUCACGCUGACCUUCCCGUUUGAUGCCGAGCUGGUGCUCAAGUUCAGAGGUGGGCUGGGCCUGGGCCUGGGAGAUGCGGCCACGUACCACUCGUGGCGCCGCGCCCUGGCCCACCUGCUGCUCAUGCUGAUGGCCCCCGAUGCGCCGCCGCCUGCGGAAACCCUGGAUGAGUCGGGCAGGCAGCGCAGCGGGCCGGUGCUGCUGGGCAACACCAGCAGCCGCGAGCUGGUGGGGUUUCCGGGCAUGGCCACCCUAUCGCUCAUGACGGGCAGCCCCGCGGCGGUGGCGUCGCCGUCCCGCCGCGCCUCUGGCGACGCGCCCAUGAGCCCCGGCAGCAGCGCGCGCAGCAGGCGGGCGCUGGCCCAGCUGAGUUCCCGCAUGAUCGACCUGGGGCGCCGCCUGCGCGCCGCCAGCCGGGGCCAGCACUCCUCGCUGUCGCUGUCGCAAUCCAAUCCGGAGUCGUCCCGGCGGCGCAGCGAGCCUGGCGGGGAGUCGGAGGCAGGGACCAAUGAGUGGGAUGAUGAGGCGGCGGUGGGCGUGGAGCCUCGCGCCGCCAGCGGCACCCUGCGCCCCAAGCGCUCGCCGGGUGGCACGCACCAGGAGGGUGCGGCGGAUGGCGCGGAGCGGCAGCGGCUGCAGCGCGAGCAGGAGCGCAGCCUGCAGAUGCAGAAGCGGCAGCGCAUGGCGGCGUACCUGCAAUCCAUCGCCGCCGCCGCGCACCCCGGCGUGCCGCGGCCGCAGCGGCCGCCGGCGGCGGCAGCAGCAGCAGCCGGCGCAGCAGCAACAGCAGCAGCAGGGGUGGCGGCGGCAGGUGCAGCCCUGGACUCACCACGGGCCGCGUCGCCGGGCGCAGCGCUGGCGUUAGGGCGCGUGGGCAGCGGCGGGGUGCGGUCUGUGAGCAUAGGAGUGCAGACAGACGACUCGGAGCUGCUGCUGCGGGCUGGCUCUGGCGCCUAUAGCAGCAUCCCGCGCAGGACCAGCAGCGAGGGGUAUGGCUCCCGCCGCCUGCAGCGGCUGCGGGAGGAGGAGGAGGUGGAGCCUGCCACGCCCGCCGCGGCUGCCCUGUCCACCGCCGUGGCACCUUCCUCUGACGGCUAUGAUGCUGACCUGGCAGCGCAGUACGUGGCAGCAAUGGCGGCGGCAGCAGGGGCAGGGGCGGCGGCAGCGGUUGGCUCAGGCCCGGCGCCGCCGUCUGAGGCGCGGCGGCAGGCGCCAGCAGGCGGCGGCGAUGAAGACGUCGCCUCGCAAUACAUGGCAGCAAUGGCGGCGGCGGCAGGGGCAGGGGCCGUGCCGGCGGCAGCAGCAGCGGCUCAGCAGGCGCCUGGCGGCGGCGGGGAUGCCAACGUCGCGGCGCAAUACAUGGCGGCGAUGGCGGCGGCGGCGGCCGCGGGAGGCGCGGCGGGGCCGCCGCCACGGUCGUUCAAGUGGCAGCAGGAGGCAUCCCACGCGCCCAACAGCGGCAUGAGCACAAUAGACUCCGACCUGGCAGCACAAUACCUCAUGGCCAUGCAGGCCGCGGCGGUGGGCAGCAGCCCCAUCCCACCGCACGCCUCGCCGCCGCCGCUGGCCCAGCCGCGGGGGCAGGCAGACGGGCUGUCGGGGCACACGCCACGCGCCACGCCGCUGCAGCACCCGCCCCUGCGCCGCUCAAUCUCCUCCGCCUCGCCCAAUGCCGCCUCCCCGCUGGAGCAGCUGGCCUACCAGCAGCAGCAGGCGGCCUCUGCACGGCUCGCCUCCCUCACGCCAGGCUCCCUGCCGUACUCCCAAGGCGUCUCCACAGUGGGCGGCGGCCUGUGGCAGCUGGCAGCGGCUGUGGAUGUCAUCGAUUACGAGGAGCUCAGCUUUGGCAAGCUGCUGGGCGCAGGCGCGGAGGGCGCGGUAUAUGCGGCCUGGUUCCUGGAGUCGCCCGUAGCGGUGAAGAAGUUUGAGCGGGCGGAGGACUCGCUGCACGAGGUGGAGAUGUACCUGCAGCUGGGCAGCCACGACAACGUGGUGGCGCUGAGGGGGCUGUGCCAGCACGAGGGCAGCAUGUUCCUGGUGCUAGAGUACUGCCCUAGGGGCACCCUGGAUGUGAUGCUGCAUCACUCUGCCAAGAACCCUUGGGACCCGCAGAAGCUGCUGCCCCUCGUGCGCAGCAUCGCCCGCGGCAUGCACUACCUCCAUUCCCGCAACAUCCUGCACCGAGACCUGAAGCCAGCCAACAUCUUUGUGGGCCACGGCCAGAUGAUGAAGAUCGGAGACUUUGGCAUGGCCCGCAUCGCAGCCACAAGCGGCGAGGGGCCGCCCAACCUGCGGCGCCUCACGCCGGGCACCAUGGGUACGAUGCAGUACUGCGCCCCGGAGCUAGUCAACGAAGACAUGCGGCCGCAGGACCUGGUGGAGGACUGCACCCGGCUGGACCCCUACGCCCGCCCCUCCUCCCGCGACAUCCUGCUGCGCCUCAAGUCGCUGGCCGCAUUUGCGGAGCGCAAGGACAAGGAGCAGGGGCGCUUCAGCCUGUGA